AUGGCUUCCACUACAUCUAUACCCUUCUUUCUUGUUUCUCGAGCAAUUCCUAAGCCUGGACGGCCAUCGCUGCCAUCCCCAGUACUCCGCCGCAUCCCUGGAAACCAACUCAUCACCCGCCGUCCCGCCUCGACAUCUUCCAACAAACCGCGUGUACUUGAAAAGCCAGACAAAUUUCGACCUCCCUCGCAUCCAGCCAGACGAGUACUCUCCCCCAAUGCCCAGCCGAGAAACUACCCCGGCCCGCCGUUAUCGGCCAAGGAGCUGGAAGAGCAAAAAACGAAGAAAUACCCAAACAUGUUUCCGCCUGAAGGAACAGUCAUGCAUAAGUUCCUAACAAACAGAGGCAUACAUGUUUGGAUAUCGCUAGGUGUGCUCGUCUCCCUCGCUACAUUCACCUUUAGCUCCAACUUCAAGGCUACGUCUCCGUUCGCCCACCUCCUCCCACCCUGGUCGCAACUCCUCUUUCAUCCCAUCGAUACCAUUGGCCAAUUUCUUACUGUCUUGAAAAUGCAUUCCGACCACAUCACUCUACAGACCGUCGAGAAGCGGAAGCGCAAUGUGGACGACGUGCAGAAACGCAGGGAGUUUAGGAUAGCGCACGGCAUGGAGGAAGGGGAACCGGUGUCCGGUGAGGGUACCGUGGAAGCGAAACAGGGGGGCAACGAUGUUGGAGACGAAAAGCAGGAUAUGUAUAUGAGCUGGGAUGGGGAAAAGAAGCCCGUGAAGAAGUGGUUGGGUAUUUGGUAA